AUGGGUGGAGGAAACGCACAGAAAUCGAAGAUGGCUCGUGAGAAGAACUUGGAGAAGGCGAGGCAGGCUGGAAAAGGAAGCCAAUUGGAAGCGAAUAAGAAAGCUAUGUCGAUUCAGUGCAAGGUGUGUAUGCAAACAUUCAUCUGCACAACUUCGGAAGUGAAAUGCAGGGAGCACGCAGAGGCCAAGCAUCCAAAAUCAGAUGUCGUCGCUUGCUUCCCUCACCUCCAGAAGUGA